AUGGAAUUAGAAGGGAACUACACCAAGCUAUAUGGGAAUAUAGAGAACUACACAGAACUAUAUGGGAUUAUAGGGAACUACACCCGGCUAUAUGGGAAUAUAGGAAACUACACCGAGCUAUAUGGGAAUAUAGGGAACUACACCGAGCUAUAUGGAAAUAUAGGGAACUACACUGAGCUAUAUGGGAUUAUAGGGAACUACACCGAGCUAUAUGGGAAUAUAGGGAACUACACAGAGCUAUAUGGGAUUAUAGGAAGCUACACAGAGCUAUAUGGGAAUAUAGGGAACUACACCGAGCUAUAUGGGAUUAUAGGGAACUACACAAAGCUAAAUUGGAUUAUAGGAAGCUACACAGAGCUAUAUGGGAAUAUAGGGAACUACACCGAGCUAUUUGGGAUUAUAAGGAACUACGCCGAGCUAUAUGGGAUUAUAGGGAACUACACAAAACUAUAUGGGAUUAUAGGAAGCUACACCCAGCUAUAUGGGAUUAUAGGGAAAUACACUGAGCUAUAUGGGAAUAUAGGGAACUACACCCAGCUAUAUGGGAAUAUAGGGAACUACACCCAACUAUAUGGGAUUAUAGGGAACUACACCGAGCUAUAUGGGAAUAUAGGGAGCUACACCAAGCUAUAUGGGAAUAUAAGGAACUACACCGAGCUAUAUGGGAUUAUAGGGAGCUACACCAAGCUAUAUGGAAAUAUAGGGAACUACACUGAGCUAUAUGGGAUUAUAGGGAACUACACCGAGCUAUAUGGGAAUAUAGGGAACUACACAGAGCUAUAUGGGAUUAUAGGAAGCUACACAGAGCUAUAUGGGAAUAUAGGGAAUUACACCGAGCUAUUUGGGAUUAUAAGGAACUACGCCGAGCUAUAUGGGAUUAUAGGGAACUACACAAAACUAUAUGGGAUUAUAGGAAGCUACACCCAGCUAUAUGGGAUUAUAGGGAAAUACACUGAGCUAUAUGGGAAUAUAGGGAACUACACCCAGCUAUAUGGGAAUAUAGGGAACUACACCCAACUAUAUGGGAUUAUAGGGAACUACACCGAGCUAUAUGGGAAUAUAGGGAGCUACACCAAGCUAUAUGGGAAUAUAGGGAACUACACCGAGCUAUAUGGGAUUAUAGGGAACUACACAGAGCUAUAUGGGAUUAUAGGAAACUACACCCAGCUAUAUGGGAUUAUAGGGAACUACACCAAGCUAUAUGGGAAUAUAGGGAACUACACCCAGCUAUAUGGGAUUAUAGGGAACUACACCGAGCUAUAUGGGAUUAUAUGGUACUACACUGAGCUAUAUGAAAAUAUAGGAAACUACACCGAGCUAUAUGGAAUUAGAAGGGAACUACACCAAGCUAUAUGGGAAUAUAGUGAACUACACCGAGCUAUAUGGGAUUAUAUGGUACUACACUGA